CGCAUUUCGGCUCGUGCCCGCGGCAGCAGCGAGGGGUGGGGCACCGAGCGACCUACAGCCGGCAGGGCUGCGCGCCGUGCGGCGCGCCCUGGCAGGUUGCUUGGAUGGCGAUGAAUCCGGCGAAUGUCUCCAACCUGCUGGAGGAGAUGGAGAACUGGGACAAGGACAAGCGCUUCAUGGCGGCGUCCGACCUCAUGCACGAGGUCACCCUCUCCAGUCAGGUGCUUGACAUACACCUGCAGAAGCGGGUCUGCUCGGCCUUCCUGAAGCAGCUCGAGGAUCAGAGCAUUGACGUGCAGGGGAACGCCGUCAAGUGCCUUGCCAAGAUUGUGUGCAAGUUCCAGGAGCAGCAGAUCGGGGAGGUGCUCGCCAAGCUCAGCCAGCUCGUGCUCGAGGGGAAGGCGGAGGUCCGCGACAUCUACGCCACGUGCCUGAAGGGCCUCCUGUCCGAGCUGCCCGCUUCGUGCAGCAAGGAGGCGUGCCAGAACGUGCUGCCGAAGAUGCCCGCCGCUCGGCCGUCCGCUCCGCUCCGCUCCGGGUGCACGGGGCAG